AUGAAUAUCAGGCUUUUCUUGGUUUGCAGUUGUAACCACGCAGGUUGUGAAUGGAAAGGUUCUACUAGUGCAAGUCUUACAACCCAUCGCCGACGCCAUGCAGGGUACUGCUGCCCUUUCCCUGGUUGCCAAGCUAAAUCUCCAACCUGGAGUGCUCUACAGAAACACAGAAAACAACAUCCUUUGGAACUUCAAUGCCCAAAGUGUAAGAAGUCUUUUAAAAAAGAGGCUGCUCUGCAGAGACACAAAGAGACCCAUCUGGACAAAAAAAUCACCGUGGCCUGUCCCAGAAAAGACUGUACACAGACAUUUACUACAGUCUUCAACCUGACGCAUCAUGUAAGAAAGGAUCAUCUAUGCUUGCAGCCUUACCGUUGUUACCAUGCUGGCUGUAAUGGCACCUUUGCCAUGAGGGAAAGUCUGCUUAGACAUCUUGUGGUUCAUGAUCCUAACAAAGAGAAAAUGAAGCUCAAAUUCAACUUUAAGCCAUCAAAGAAGCAUUUAAGAGGAGCCCUCUGCCAAAUCCCUGUAGUGGAGGAAGAUCUGAGUCAUCUAUUUAAUCAGAAACUUUGCUUCCGAAGUAAAACAAUCCUGGAGAGUAACCUGUCCAUACUCUUUAAUGAACGUCUGUUACGUGAUCCUGUGGAGCCAGAAGUUAACCUUAGUAACCUCUUCCAGCUUGUAUCUGCCCAUGCUGAGAAAGGUGGCUUAAAGGUCUGCAAAUGAAUCUUCAUCAACUUAUUAGUAUCUAAAACUUAUUGAGAGGUAUCAGAUUUCUAAAUCUUUAGACCACAUCGGCUUGGAUGUUUGUAAUAAUAUUAAUUUGACAAAUAAGGUCCACCUUUGCUUAAGUUAUAAAAGAUGGAAAGCGGCAGGAGAUCCUGCAGAUCUCAUUAUAAUUGAGGAAUUUAAGGCCUGCUUAAAAAUGUUCAUGUUAAAACAUUUUCUACAGGGAGCCUGUGUUUGCAUAGCCUGAUUUAUUUUGUAGCAAAUGUGUGUCUGUGUGUGUGUGUGUGUGCUUCUUCUUUUUUUUUUUUUUUUUUUUGACAAAGAGCUCUGAGAAUGAUGUGGUCAUGUCAAGAGAACAAUCCUGUUUUUUUAUUUAUUCUGUUCAUGUCGGAGGACAAUAAAAUUUUAUUUAUGCCAUGUG